AUGAAGUUCCAAACUUCUCUGCUCCUCCAGUGCCCGCGGGCAAAGACGCGACGAGGCUUCACCGGCGCGAAACACGAUGGGCUCUACCAACUGAUAAAAGAUACUGGCGGUCGCCACAAGGACGUUGUUAUCGGCAACAGCAACGGCUACUACGAGUACGGGCUCCAAUUCAACGACCCCAGUUGGCAAAAAAAGCCGAACGGUGACGGUGCCGCCGUGAGCGACUACGCCGGACCAUAUGUUGAGGUGAAAGGUGGGCAUGAAUUGUACGAGUACAAGGGGGAAGUAAAAGACAAGAGAAAAACCCUUAACAGCAUUUCUAAUGCGGCAAGAACUAAGAUCUCAGGCAAAGUUUACAACCACAAGUCGUACAACUGUGAGUAA